UAAACAAUUCCCGAAGUCACGUAACGUGUGUUUUCUUAUCGCUCCAUGGCUCUUGUAUCCCGUCUAUUGGCAUCACCGUCGUGCUCUCGACAGGUAAUUUUCCUAACAAGAGCGAAAUGUAGUAGUCUAGCCAGCAGAUCUUUUCUACAUGCGAAACAUGGUAAGAACAAUAGUGUCUGCUCAUGGAGAUUCCUCAGCUCAACUUCGCUGAGGAACGCCGGCUUAACUACAACCGAGACCGCCACCAAAGCCACCAAACCCAAAAUCAAAUCCGAAGAACUUCGGAGACUUGUUGGUUUGGCGAAAUCUGAAAAGUACAGAUUGACUGGUGGCAUAGCACUACUCUUUGUCUCCAGUGCAAUAACUAUGGCCAUACCAUUUGCUCUGGGGAAGGUCAUAGAUAUCAUUUACGGGGCAAAUCAAGAAUCCAUGGUAGAAAAUCUUACCAACGUCUCCCUUGCCCUUGUUGGUAUUUUCAUCUUUGGAGCUGCUUGUAAUUUUGGACGUACUUACCUGAUGGGUGUAUCAGGUCAGAGGAUCACUCAAGCUUUACGAAGGAAUGUUUAUGCUGCCAUAAUCAAACAAGAAGUAGCUUUCUUUGACAAAAACAAGACAGGAGAGCUGAUCAACAGGCUUUCUGCCGAUACAUCCCUAGUCAGUCAGUGUGUCACCUCCAACAUUUCUGAUGGUAUCAGAUCCAGUGCAUUAGUGGUUUCAGGUGUUGCUAUGAUGUUUUACAUGUCCCCGCAGUUAGCUCUAGUCGGCCUGUCGAUUGUUCCACCAGUUGCAGGAAUGGCCAUUCUCUAUGGCCGUUUCGUUAGAAAAAUUUCUAAAAAUGUUCAGGAUGCGUUAGCGCAAGCCACUCAAGUUGCAGAGGAACGAAUUGCAAAUGUACGGACUGUAAGGGCGUUUGGCCAAGAGAACCGUGAGUUUGCACGCUAUGACGAACGUAUCGAGCACGUACUUCAACUUGGUUACAAAGAAGCAAAAGCGAAAGGAAUUUUUUUCGCUUUGACUGGUUUGAGCGGAAAUGCAAUCAUAAUUUCUGUUCUCUACUACGGCGGGCUGAUGGUGACGGAGUCGUCACUGACGGCUGGCCAGCUCUCUGCCUUUUUGCUUUACGCCGCGUACGUCACCAUUUCGCUGAGUGGCCUCUCCUCGUGUUACUCGGAAAUGAUGAAAGGAUUAGGUGCUUCUACCCGUCUUUGGCAACUGAUUGACAAGCGGCCGGACAUCCCCAUUUCUGGAGGUGCUGUCAUCCCGGCCGGGCAAUUCCAAGGCGCUAUUCAGUUCCGCGACCUUAGUUUUGCCUACCCAACCAGAUCCGACGCGCCCAUUUUCAACCAUUUAAAUCUCGACGUUCCGGCCGGAUCCGUCACCGCGAUUGUCGGUUCCAGCGGAUCGGGAAAGAGUACCCUGGCAGCACUUCUUCUCCGCUUUUACGAUCCCAUCAGCGGUCAAGUACUUGUUGAUGGUUAUUCUGUAACCGACCUCGAUCCUCAAUGGCUCCGGUCGAACAUAGGCACAGUCAGCCAGGAACCAUCGUUGUUUUCCUGCUCGAUACGUGAAAAUAUUUUAUAUGGAGCCAACACGCCUGAUUCUGUUAGUGAAGAACAGCUUAUCCAAGCUGCCAAAGAGGCUAAUGCUUGGUCGUUCAUUCAGCAAUGUCCUCAAGGACUGGAAACUAUUGUCGGUGAACGAGGUGUUCUCCUAUCCGGUGGACAAAGGCAAAGAAUAGCCAUUGCACGAGCCAUAGUCAAGAAUCCUCGUAUAUUGCUACUAGACGAAGCUACGAGCGCGCUUGAUUCUGAAAGCGAAUCUCUUGUUCAGGAGGCACUAGAACGCGUGAUGAAAGACCGAACGGUCUUGACUAUUGCCCAUCGACUGUCGACCAUCCGCAAGGCAUCGCAGAUUGCUGUGCUGGAACGCGGCCGAGUGGUUGAGCUGGGCACCUAUGAAGCACUGAUUUCCAUCCCCAAUGGCGUGUUUAAGAAAUUAGUUGAACGGCAGACUGUCGGUUUGUUUGCUUAAUAAAGAACAAAACACACGUUGUUUUCUUCUUCGCUCAUGUUGUUUGGGUAAAAUUUGGCGUCUAUUGUCAAUUGUUAUUUCUAUGUAGAUAAAAUUUUGGGCCUAUAGAGAAUAUAUAUUUGAUUUGGG